AGAAAGGUUCAUUCUCAAUCGUCCAUUUUCCUUCUCUCUCUCUCUAUUUCCAUACAGACAAACACGGGUUCUCUCUCUCCUCUCCCUCGUUUGUUGCGGAUUUUUCUGCCUAUCGAACCCCGGCAUGCAUGCAUUUAUUCCCUUUGCUGAUAAAUUGCUUGACCCUAUUCUAAGAGAAUCUUUUGCAAUGUGACCCCUCUCUCUAGGAUUGACUGUUGUUUGAUUGUCGCCGUAAGAAUUGAGGGGCACUCGGAGGAGAAGAAUGGGGUCUCCUCAAAAUACUAAUUGGGAUUUUGAUGGGAUAAUGGUCGACGAUGCUUUCUGGAUUUCUCAGGCCUCGAAUGGGGUGCCUAAUAGUAGUGUGGACGUCAAUGUCGGAUUUGAUGGCCCAAGCUGCAAUCAAAACUUGUGCUCUCGCAAGCGACCCCGAUCUGAACCCUGCAGUGGCUCUGGAUCUAAGGCAUGCCGUGAGAAAAUGCGAAGGGAUCGGUUGAAUGACAGGUUCUUGGAAUUAGGUGCCAUUCUGGAGCCGGGAAGGCCCCCUAAAACUGACAAAGCGACCAUCCUGAGUGAUGCCAUCCGAGUUCUGAAUCAGUUGCAAAGUGAAGCAAGGAAGCUCAAAGAAGCAAAUGAUGAGCUUCAAGAAAAGAUCAAGGAUCUGAAGGCAGAGAAGAACGAGCUCCGUGACGAGAAGCUGAGGCUCAAAGCUGACAAAGAGAGACUGGAGCAGCAAGUGAAGGCCAUUAACACACCACCACCUUCUCCCUUCAUUCCUCACCCCAUGGCCUUUUCCUCUCCGCAAGGCCCAGCAGUUGGGGCAGGUGCGAAGAUGAUGCCAUUUAUGGGGUAUCAACCCACUGUGGCCAUGUGGCAAUGGAUGCCUCCUGCUGCUGUUGAUACAUCACAGGACCAUGUUCUCCGCCCUCCAGUUGCUUAGGACUCGUUAAGGUUCCAUUUUUCAUUUUGAAAUGCCAAUGACCGUGGUGAUGAUGACGAUACUAUGAUCCUUUUCUUGUAGACUUUGGGCUUAUUUAUAAUGUUCCCUCCUUUGGUUUGCGGGGGUUCAGAGAUUGACAUGGCUGGCUUAGAGGAUUAUGUAGGAAAGCUGACUAAGAUUAUUAAUAGUACUUGAUGCUCAUGGAAAUGCCGAUGAUCAUCAUCUGUAAAUGGGAAUAAGCAGUCCAUGGUCUUCUCAUUUGAAGGUGCAUUUAAGUUCUUUUUUCU